AUGGCGUUGCUCAAAGUGCGCGACGAAUGCACUAAGCUUGUCGGUUAUCAAUUCCUAAACUCACAUAUCUGCCUCUGUAUCACUCUCAUUCAACUACUGGUCUGCUGCUGGGCCGUUGCUCAGCAUAUCAACUCCUAUAUGACGCAUAGCAAGAUUCUAAAAUGUGACUUCCUUGAGGGAAGUCUGCCUCUAGAAGCUGUAGACGCUGUUAUCUUCGAUAUUCGGUUGUUUCACUACCUAUGGGGUAUUCGAGGAUGUGUGGCAGAAUACCUGGAUGGAGGUUUUGGGCGACUUCUGUGGUGUGUUUCCCAUUGCCUAACCCUGUUUUUCUCCAUCCCCGUCACAUUUCUGCACCAUCCGAAACCCUGUCUUUUCUGGCCAUUACUAUUUCAGGUUAGU